CGACGCUAUAAAAACAGGCAAGAGUCGCAAUGGCAUGCUUCUACACACAGAUCGUAUCAUCCCCCUUCUUAUCCUUCUCGUCUACCUCACACAUCUCGUAGCUGUAGGAUCAUUCCGCUCUCCUACUAAAGAGUAUAAGUACUGUAAAAAUUACGGGCAUACAAUCGAAGAAUGUCGUAAAAAGAAGUGGCAGGAACACCAGUCGAGUAAGAACGGACGUGCCAACUACGUCCACACAGUCCGAUUAAGCAGUAAUCCGAGCUCAUCUUCUGUCGUCAUCUCUUCCAAAGACCUUAAGGGAGAAAUAGAAUUUUUAGUCGACAUAGGGUCAGAGCCAAACAUUUUAAAAAUAGACAAAGCUGACGAUUAUUUAAUGUCCAAUGAAACAAACAAAAUAAACCUAAGCGGAAUUACAAAAGAAACGGUGGGCACGUACGGAACGUGCAUCAUCGACAUUUAUGGAUACCCAGUAGAAUUCCACAUUGUUCCCGACUCUUUUCCCAUCCCACAUGGCGGCAUUAUCGGGUCGGACUUUUUCAAAGAUGUUGCAAAAAUAAAUUUCAUUAAGGAAGACGUAGAAUGGCACGGAAUGACUAUGCCCUUCGUCAAACCGAAGGAGAUUCCGGCGCGAACCAGCAAUAUAAUAAAAAUAAAAACGUUAAAUAAAGAAAAUAAAAUACACUAUGUGCCUCCAUUAAAAUUAGGAGAAGGAAUCUACGUAGGUGAAGUCAUUAUAAACAGUAACAAUGGAAAGGCCUUCAUAAAAGUCUUUAAUACGAAAGAAGAAGACGUAAACGUGAUCAUUCCAAAAAUCGAACUUCAAGAUUUCGAUACGGUCGACACAUGCAUUAUACCGAGUCCAGAACUUGGAAGCAGGGAUAGAGAGAAAGAAGAAAUAAGAGAUUCUUAUCUUUCCGUCAAAAACAACUCAUCGAACCUGACUAAUAAGUCCGGUAUACAGACCUUAUCUCCCCUAGGGCAAGAUAACGACGCACGAGACAUAGAACGCCUUAUGCACGAGACCGAGAUUUCGAAAGUUACGCAAUCGACAAAGGCCGCCACGAGUCCUUCCCUCUCCCUCUCCUCUCACACUCGCUCUUAUAAGCCAGUCACUAACACAACUAGCUACGCUAUAGCAUUACAAAAUAUAGAUUUAAAAUCAUUAAACGCAGAAGAAAUCAGAACGACAAAACAAGAGGAUCGCUAGAGUUAUUCCACCUACCGGGAGACAAACUCACAUAU